AUGGCGUAUCUACUGCCCGGGGCGCACGGCAAGGGCAACGGGUUCUAUUCCGAGAAGCACCCAGCGGAGCACGUGCUCACGGGCGUCGCGCACGUGCUCACGCGGCUCGCCCACGUGCUCAUCUUAUUCGGCGGUCUCAUGGCAAUCGCGUGGUGCGCCUUGGUCGUGCGCAAUCCCAGCAUAUCCACUCUUCUCGCAGCGCCCGUCACGUCCAACCCCGCCGGGGGCACCAGCAGCAUCUGGAGCCUCGGCAGAAACAGCAGAAGAAGCAGCGGCGGAGGAGCCGUUGAUAUCCCCGCCAUGGCCAGCAGCAGCAGCGCCCACCGGGAGUACGUUGCGCCUUCCUCCAUUCCCGGAUCCCGCCUCACUUCCGCCGACGCUGAUCUCGCAUUUAGGCGCGGGUUUGAGUGCGUCAACGAGAGGGGCACUUGGCAAUUCGACAGCACGCCACGUUUGCUGCCGUGGGCCGUCGCAGGCCAGCACGGCGGCUGGCAGUGCGACCAACCGUGGCUCUGGGAAAAUCGCGCCGCGCACACCUCCCAACCAUCCCCCGCAGCUGCUGCGCCGAGCGCUGGUGCAAACCCCCCCGUUGCCGCCACCGCGUCCGCCGAUCUCCCGAGCUCAACGCAAGCGCCGGCCCCGCCUUCCGCGCCAUCGUCCCCCCCGCUCCGCAGAUUGCUGUCCGUCGACGCGUUUCCACCCACCACUCCCUCUGGUGGCGCUGACGACGAAGCAGCUUUGCCAGAGGAUGAGGAAGAUACAGCCGAAACAGCGGCCGUCGAUGCCACUCGUGCUGCCAGGGCCGCACCUAUAGCAGUUGCUGUGGCAUCUAACGGGGUCGCGCCCUUGCCUGCUCUUAAAACAGCGUCGUCUGCUCCUCGUAGCAUCGCGUUUGCUGGAGAGACAGCGGAUGGCAAUAGCAGCAGCAGCAGCAGCAACAGCAGCAGCAGCAGCAGCAGCAGCAGCGACGGCGGCGGCGGCGGCGGCAGCACCGGCAGCAGCGGCAGCAGCAGCAGGUACAAGCACGUAGCGUACGCAGCGGCAGACAGGGUGGUGAUGGAGGGCAGGGGGGCGGAGGAGUGGCAGGUGCGCCCCGCGGUCAAGUACAGGUGGCGCCUGCCCGCGCGCGGGGCUGAGGGGGGGUGCGCGGUGGCGUGGCGGGACGUGGAGUGCGCGCAGGUGGCAGCGGGGCUGACGAACGGGCGGGGGAAGAUCCUCAUGGUGGGGGACUCGCUCACCUCCCUGGCGUUCCUCUCCUUCCGCAACCACAUGAGGAUGUGCGCUGCCGCAGCUGCUGCAGGCGCCCGUGCUACGCACGCAGGUGACACAGGCAGCGCUAGCACGCUGGGUAGAAACAGCAGGGCGAGUAGCGAUAAAGGAGAUGGGCGCAGUGGUGAACCCCUGUCUGCUGCUCCCCAGUCCUUGGUGCCGCCCCUGCCUACCAAGAUAGAGGAGGCGAAGCUAGCAGUGUGUGCAGCCGAGGUGCAGCAGUCGGUGAUGCGAGACAUGCACGGGCACAUGCUGUGUGACAGCGUGUCGUACGGCAACACCACCAUCGCCAUGGUGCGCAACGACGUGCUGCACACCAACAGCACGCGCCGCCUCGACUUCCCCCGCAUGAUCUCCUUCCCCUGGUUCGACGAUGUGCUUCCGGGGAGCGACACUGCCGUGCUUGUGCUUAACCGCGGGGCGCACUAUGUGGAGGAUGAGGAGUUCACGGAGCAGCUGAACAGGACGCUUACGAGAGUGCGAGAGGCGGCACCGGAGCUGCUGAUCAUCUACAGGAGCACGCCGCCUGGGCAUGCGCACUGUGAGAACAUCACGGCUCCUCUCAAGGAGCCGCAGGACCCAUCAUCGUUGCCGUUUCACUGGGGGGAGUUUGGCAGGCAGAACAAGCUUGCGAGGCAGAUGGUGGAGGCUGUAGGAGGUGUGUUCAUGGACGUUGAUCCAAUGACAAGUUUACGAGGGGAUGGCCACAUGUCCCCGCCUAAUGAUUGCCUUCACUAUUGCCUUCCUGGCCCUCUAGAUGGCCCUCCCUAG